AAGGAGAAUCUGCGUCCUGUCUGUUGCCGUGGCGACCGUUAACAAUCGUUAACAACAACACAACUGCGGUGAAUUUUCAACAAAAAAUAACACCGUGUGUGAGUGAAAAAAAAGGAAGAAAAGAAAACGGGGAGUGGUGAAAGUACGAGUAUUCACGCUGUCCACCGAGAUCACAAUGUCUCAGCGGCACAUCAUUCAAGUGUUUGAACAGUAUCAGAAAGCAAGGAUGCAGUUUGCGCAAACUGUUGCUGACCUCGCAAAGCGAACAGAAAAUGUAGAAAUGCUCCGAAAUGCAGGUGUGGUGUCCAUGCUGCGUCCCUUGAUGCUGGAUGUUGUCCCCGGCAUCCAGCAUACCGCAGCUUUGGCUCUGGGCCGCCUGGCAGACCACAGUAACGACCUGGCGGAGGUUGUGGUGCAGGAAGAAAUCCUGCCACAGCUGGUCCAGUCUCUGUCCUCCCAGAAUAGAUUCUACAAGAAGGCAGCAGCAUUUGUUCUGCGUGCAGUUGCCAAACACUCCCCCGAGCUGUCCCAGGCUGUGGUGGCCUGCAGGGGGGUGGAUGCUCUGGUUCUGUGCCUGGAGGAGUUUGACCCUGGGGUGAAGGAGGCUGCCGCCUGGGCUUUGGGCAACAUCGCACAACAUGAUGCAUCCCUGUCUCAGUCAGUGGUGGAUGCCGGUGCUGUUCCCCUGCUGGUCUUGAGUCUUCUGGAGCCUGAGAUAGCCCUCAAACGCAUCGCAGCCUCUACUCUCAGUGACAUCAGCAAACACACACCAGAGCUGGCGCAGACUGUGGUGGACGCUGGAGCCAUCGCACACCUGGCACAGAUGAUCCUCAGCCCAGACGCCAAACUCAAGAGGCAGGUGUUCGCUGCCCUCAGCCAGAUCAGCAAGCACUCAGUGAGCCUGGCAGAGAUGGUGAUAGAGGCUGAGGUCUUCCCUGCAGCCAUGUCCUGUCUCAAAGAUCCUGAUGAGUACGUCAAGAAAAAUGUGGUCACCCUAAUGAGGGAGUUGGUGAAACACACGCCAGAGCUGGCCCAGGAGAUUGUGAACUGUGGGGGCUUGGGAGCAGUGAUUGACUACCUGGGCAAUUGCCAUGGAAACCUGCGUUUGCCGGGGAUCAUGAUGCUGGGAUAUGUGGCAGCUCUCAGUGAAAGCCUUGCCAUGGCUGUCAUUGUCUCUAAGGGGGUGCCCCAGCUGGCUGUGUGUCUGGCUGAGGAGUCUGAGCAUCAUAUCAAGGCGGCCACGGUCUGGUCAAUAGGCCACAUAGGGCAUCACACCCCUGAGCACGCCAAGGCAGUGGCCACAGCUAACCUGCUGCCCAAAAUCCUGGAGCUUCACAUGAAUGCGAGCAGCUCAGAGGACCUGCAGACCAAAAGUAAAAGGGCUCUGAAGAACAUCCUGCAGAAGUGCAAUUACCUGCCAGGUCUGGAGCCUCUCCUCUAUGAUGCUCCAAGCCACAUCCUUAAACAUGUAGUCUGCCAGUUCAGCAAGGUGCUGCCUCAUGACAACAAAGCUCGCCGCCUCUUUGUGACCAGCGGGGGGCUGAAGAAAGUGCAGGAGAUCGAGGCAGAGCCUGGCUCUGCCCUGCAGGAAUACAUCAACGCCAUCAACAGCUGUUUCCCUGAAGAGAUAGUAAGGUACUACUCCCCCGGCUACCCGGAGGCCUUGCUGGAACGAUUAGAUCAGUACCAGCCAGCCUGACGUCAGUUCACAAUGCACAUCCUGCUCCAAUAUUCAUAUGAAGAUGUACUGUGCCUUUGCAGAAAAUUUUAAGUGUUUUUCAAAAAGUGUUGCAUGCAGACUGUUAAAUUAAGAGGCUGAGUAUAUAAUAAAAGGACAGCAUCCUGACUAAA